AUAAUCAAAUAUAAUUUUGUAAUUCAGAUUUGAACAAAUGAUUUUAAUUAGGUUACUAGGUAGGUGUCCACGAUUAGUAGAGGGGACUUCUCCCCUUGGCUACUGCCUUUUGACAAUAAUAAAGUUAUUAUUAUUAUUAUUAUUAUUAUUAUUAUUAUUAUUAUUAUUAUUAUUAUUAUUAUUAUUAUGGAUACUGAAAAGUUAUUAAAUAGUGAACUGACAAAACAUGCCAAGGAGUAAUGCAAUGAACUACAUAUACCAUGCCAUCCAGGAACUUUCAUGUUACGGAGAAACCAGUGUCAUGUUCUGGUAAUGAUGAGUCACCAGUAGCCCCAGUGACGGAUACCUCAUUAAUUUAACCUCGAUCAUGGCUAAAUUCCUUGUCAAAUAUUUUAUCCCCUGUAGGUCUUCUGACAAGAAUUCAAGAGUCUGAAGAUAAAGGAGUUUGUACUCGGGCAUUAUGGUGUCUUGCUAAGCAGAAUUUAGACAGGGCAAUAAUAAACACCAAGCUGGAAUCCAUUCUUAUCACAUUGGAAUCAGUUCUCACCAAGGAUCUACAGUCGGUAACUGUUGACCAUGAGGCUCUCAGUGUGAUUGAAAGGUUACUACAGCAACUUCCCAAAUCUGAAAUGAUCAAGAGAGUUGAAUGCUGGGCAAAGUUGGUGUUUCCUCUGCUUGUUAGCUCAGCCAUCAAGGUGCGAGAGAGGGCCUUAGCUGUAAUGUCUGCUGGACUGGAACACAUGAUGUCUUCUCAAGAAAAAGUUGUAAAACUUCUUGUUCCACUUCUGAAAGGAUGCUUGUUGAAGGAGUUUCCAAAAUUGUUUUCUGAAAAGAAGGAGUUGUUUGUGCUCAAAUGCUGGUGUUGCAUUGUUCCUGUUUUAGGAGAGACUCUACACCGAGGAGGAAGUUUGAUUAAUGACUUAUUAAAGCUUGUAGAGCAGGGAUUCUGCAACCCUUCACCAGAGGUCCAAGUGAUGUCCUUUUCUGCAUGGAAUAUCUUGAUUGACAACUUUGCCCUCUCACCAGAUGUCCUUUGCAGUCCGAGGAGGGUCAAACUCAUUAUGACUCCAUUAAGGAACCUUGCAGUCAAAGAGAGGAAUGAGUCAGUUGAAGCAGCAAGACUUUCUGCUUGGUGGCAUUUUGUCUGUUUGUUAGGCUCCAGAGUUCAAGAGCUAUUUGAUCAGGUUUGUACCCCACUGCUUCAGUUUAUAUUUGGAGUAGCCCUUGAUCAAGUUAGCUUACUGAAGACCAAAGAAGGACUUGGUGAUCUCAAAUGUCCUCCAACACCAACGAACAGCAAACUCUUGGCAGACAUGAUGGCAGAAACACCCAAAUCAACCAUCCGUAGAUCUCUCAAGGAAAUGGGUACCCCUAGAACUCCUACUGUGUUAAAUGCAAGCUUUGCCAAAACAGCUAAACAGAAACUCCUUGCGCAAGGAUGUGAAAUAUUGCUAGAAUUGCUUAUGACAGAUGACCAGGAGAUCAAUGGAAACUCGAGUUUAAUAGUCACACUAGCUGAAAGACUGCAGACAGUGAUUUUCAAGAGACCAGAAGAUUUUAAGAGAUAUGCUUGCUUAUUGACAAAUGCUAUAAGAGAAGGAUUCAGAGCUCUGAGUACUGACCUUGCAGAAGCUUUGGGAGUGAAAGUGUGGACCCUGCUUACUAAGAGAAUACAUGAACUACUAGAAAAAGGCUCCUCGUCAGACUAUGGAGAAACCUUACUGCCCUUGCUUGCCGUCAUGCAGGACUUUGUGGACAAUAGUCUAUUGGCACCAAGUUUAGUUCUUAAAAUGCUACAAGAGCUGUGCAGUCUGCCUCCUGAAGUAUUAAGCCAUCACAUGGCAUCACUGCAUUCUAAAGACAAUCCACAAGGGUCGCCAGCUCUUCUUCUUCUUCAGCUGUUGUUGACACCACACUUGCUGUCAAAUAUCUGGCAAAAUGAAAGGUUUCAUGUGGCAUUUGAACAUCUCACUGCUUGUGGAAUGUCAACAGCCUCUGGACAGUUGUUCUUCUUGCAGACUGUUUUAAAUCUCCUUGCGAAAGCAUCAAGUGUUGUCUUGAGCAAAGAUGCUUUGUGGAGAUUGUGGUGUUGUAUUGUGGAUCACCUCAAUGAGCACAUCCAAAAGACCAAUGAUGUCAACCAAGGAGAUGCUCUAGAACAUGACUUCAGUACUCUAUACUCAGCUCUAACAUUUCCUGUUAAACAUCUUCUGGAUGCAAAGUUACCUCAGGAACUAGGCAAAGAGGUGAACAAGACUCUUGUGGAGUUGUACCGAUCGUUCUCCCGAGCGGCUGCUCUUGUGCCCACAGCAGAAGCUAACAUUUGCUGCGAGGAGCUGUGUACCAGAAUUCUUUCUGUAGGCAGUGACUGGAAAAAUAAGGAUCUCAUCUUUGUUGACACCCUAGUGAAUCUUAUAGUAGUGGCUAUUGAAUGCCUUGACUUCUCAAUCCCUGGUUUAUUUGCUAUGGCAACCACAGUGGCAGGAAAAUCACCCAACACCACCCCUACUAAGUGGAAUAAACGACUUCAAAAGCCCAUGGGAAAUUUCACCAGUGUGGUAAACUUGGCAGCUAAGUUGCUCUCAGCAUGCGAGAGAACAAGCGACAGUAAGGAGUCGAUGCAGACGCUCGGUAUCCUGACAGCUGUUCUUACAAACCUGAUUGACAAGCUUUCAUACCUGUUUGUUCAUGUUAAUGGGGCCAUAACAAUAACUGCUGUUCUCAAGGCGCUUGCCCCAGCUCUUGUACGUUUCAUAGAGAAUGCGCACACGAGUAUAAAGAUCACUUAAACCACUUUGGACAAGAGGCUUUUUACAACAAGGCUUAUUCAAAAGCUUGAGAAGCUGUGGGCAGACAUUCUCACUUGUAUUCAAAGUCGUCACUGUGGACCUUACAACUCUGAUCUGUUGACCAUCAUGUCUCCAC